UAAAUCUAUUCUUUUUCUUCGCAAUAUCAAAUGAAAAAAGCUUAUACUACUAAGUUCGCUUUUAUUAUUCGAAAAACAGAUUAUGCACAAUACAGAUCUUUAUCAAAUAUCCGAGUAUUUUCUUUUAUCAAGAAAAAAUCAUUAAGAAAAAGAAACAAAUACGAGAUUCAUGAUUAAUUUGGAUUUUUGCUUAAUUUUAUUUGUUUAUAUCCAGAUCGUAGUUUACGGUAUCGAAUAUUUUGUUUCGUUCCAAGCCAAAUAACAACCAAUCUCGGUCAUAUUUUAUAUGUAGAAUCAUUUGUAUAUUCAUUGAGCCAAGCUAUAAAUCAGUUACGUAAUGGUAUAAAAUCAGACACAAAAGUAGAAAUUCAAAGAAGAUCCAAUUAUUAUCAAAAACAAUACUGGGAUGAUAUUGUAAUAAUCAUCCAACAUGAAAUAGAAACAUUACCAAACUUGUUGCGGCACAGAACUUUCGAUAAACCAUUUGAUACAAAGCGUGAGGAUAUAUACUCUCAUGUUGUACACGAUCCUAGAAUAUUUGUCUCCAAUAAAUCAAUACAACAGUUAAUAAAAUUAGAAGAAAAAAUAAGGUAUAUAAUUCAACAUCAGCAAAAUGAUAUAGUCAUUAGUUUUUGGAAACAAAGAUUGUUCGAUCUACGAGAUAUUAUAGCUCGUAGACGACUUCAUCAACAACAUCGUCAGUAAAAAAAAUUAAAAAAUUAAAAUUAAAAUUAAAAAAAAAUUAAAAAUAAAAUGUCGACAUACACCAUUAUCAUGUAAUUUUGAAGUGAAUUUAUGUAAAUUUAUCAAUGUAUAUUAUGCGGAUCUUAAAUUUGAACGUUCACGUGCUUUUCAAUUAGUUGAUGAUUAUGCAUCAGGAAGAGAUCAUACAUUAAAUAAUAUAACUGGUUCAUUUAUUCAUGUUAAUGCACUUGGUCAAUUACCAAAUCGUCUACGAGCACCAUAUGAUCAUACAACACGAAGUCAAUAUGAUCAUUAUUAUCUAUUACGUAUUAAUUCAACAAUACCAAGAGGUACAAUUGUUAUUGGUGUAACAACUGGUGCUGAUUGUGAUGCAAUCAUGGCAUUAGAUUAUAUUACAUAUACACCACAAUGUGUUAAAUAUAACGAAACAAUACCAACAAGGCCGACAACAACUACAACACUAUGCACAGGUUCUUCAACAACUACAACACGAUAUACAGGUACUACAACAACUAUAACUACCACUAAAUAUACAGGACCAUCAACAACAACAACCACAGUAAGAGCAACUACAACAACUCGUUCUGUAGUAUGUGCACAAUAUUGUUAUAAGGGUGGUACUUGUGAACCACCAACAACAGAACUUGGUAAACCAAAGUGCGAACGUCCACCUAGUUUUACUGGUGCACGAUGUGAAAAUAAAGAAAAACCAUCGAAGAAGAGUAAUUUGGGUGCUAUUUUGGGAGGAAUAUUUGGUGGUCUUGCUGUUAUUGCUUUAAUCAUAUGUUGGAUUUAA